UCACGAAAGAGCACACUUCAACGCAAUGUACAAACUUUUACGGAGUACCAAAUUCACUCAAUUAGGCAACUCAUAUCAUCAACUUCUUUAAUCUCACCUUAAUCAUAUUCCUUUUCUAUAUAAAAGCAAUCCAACUCUUUAAAACAAAGACAAAAGUAAUCCAAUCUCCUUCUUCCUUUAUCAUCAAUGGAACCCAUGAAAAUGACAAAAGUUCCAAUCUUCAAAGCAACCUCACUCUUCUCAUAUUUGAUGUUGAUGGUGUUGCACUUCCAGUUUAGUGUUGAAGGCCGCUUAUUAUUUUCUCUCUCCAAACCAAACCCCAAUGAUGCUGCUGCUUACGCUCGUUGGUUGGUUUCCCAGAGCUCUUGGGGUGUUCUCAAUACCAUUUCUCCAGAUUUAGGAGGAGCACCUUUUGGGAAUGUGGUUUCGUUUAGUGAUGGGCAGCCAGGCAAAGGUGCAGGUGUACCGUAUUUCUACUUGACAACCCUUGAUCCAACUGCAGCAAACGCCCUGAAGGACCAAAGAUCCUCAUUGGCAAUCAGUGAGUACCCAAUUGGGACUUGUGGAAAAACGGAUCCUGAAAAUCCCACUUGUGCAAAAAUUACACUUACAGGAAAGUUGAAACUGGUUGAUGCAAACUCCAAAGAAGCAGAAUUUGCAAGGUCUGCCUUGUUCGCAAAGCAUGCUGAGAUGAAAGGUUGGCCGGAGAGUCACAACUUCCAAGUCUACAAGCUAGAUAUUAAAAAUAUAUUUAUGAUUAACUGGUUUGGAGGUCCAAAACCUCUUACUGUUGAUCAAUAUUUACAAUGGAAAAUGCACAAAUUGGCAAACUCUUUGUAAAUUCAUGCAUUGCGAUUCUGUUACUGAUUCAGGCAUGUUGUUUCAAUUGUAAAUGUCAAGGGUAUAUAAAACAUUGUUUCUGAUCAAAAUUACAAUGCAAAAUGUAUAUCACUGUAUAGUGUCUGCUGUAAUUUGUAACCUGCUAAUAUGUAUGUACAUUAUGAAAGUGGUAUACACUAUCAAAUUCAUGUAAGUACUAAAUUGGGUAUACAGCAAUGUAAUGGCAAUUGGUAUAUAUUUUAGGAAAAAGAUAUUUGCAGCCCUUAGGGCUGCAUAUAAGAAGCUAAAAGUGGAAAGAAAAGACAAUAAAUAAGCAUUUAUUACACCGAUUUA